AGAAUUGACAUUGAACCGAAUGUUUUGACUAAACACACAGUAGUAGCAUGGAGAAAGAUAUAGAUAGAAUUCUAUGGACCGAAGAAGCGUUAACUCAACGAGUCACUCAACUCGCUUCACAAAUCACCGCUGAUUUUGCAUCAUGUCCAUCUCCUCCCAUUCUCCUCGGCGUAGCCACCGGCGCUUUUAUAUUUCUCGCUGACCUCGUCAGGGAAAUCAAUCUACCCGUAUCCGUUGACUUCAUUCGAGCUAGUUCUUAUGGUUCUUCUACUCAUUCCGAUGGCGCUCCAAAAUUUUCACUCGAUGUCAAGCUCAAUAUCCAAGACAAGCAUGUGAUUGUGGUUGAGGACAUAAUAGAUACUGGAAACACAUUAUGUUGCCUCGUGGCUCACUUGAAAAAGAAGGGGGCGUCCUCCAUAUCUGUGUGUACUCUCCUUGAUAAGCCAUCGAGACGAAAGGUUAACUUUGAGCUCGUGGGGAACGGAAAAUACUAUUGUGGUUUUGAGUGCCCGGAUUAUUUUGUGGUGGGCUAUGGACUUGAUUUUGCUGAAAGAUACAGGAACUUGCGUUUUAUUGGGGUUUUAAAGCCUGAAAUUUACAAAAUGUGAUGUUAGAGAACCCAAUUCGGGUAUCAAAAUUCUUCCCAAAAGGCAUAGUAUUGAUAAUAUGUCGGUUUGGGUUUUAAUUAGUGAGAUUACUAUGAAUGCAAACUAUUUAUUAUAGUUAAUCGAAAAGUUUUUCUA